GACCCGUAAUUCUCAUUCGCUGCAAGGGAUCAAACCCGAGAGAGGAUAGGCCCCCUCUCGCCGAGCCCAAACGCGGUGUCGUUGGAAGAGAAAGACUUGUCGGAGAUCUUCUCCGCAUCGGAUGCUGCUGCCAUCUCACGUCUACGGCGAGCAAGAAUAAUAUAGAAUUGAUGCACCAGUUGAGAAGAGGUGAUCAGUUUCCAAGAGUGUUCUGAGAUGACUCCCGCUCGAGACCCCUUUUACAUUGUUAAGGAAGAAAUUCAGGCAUCGAUCGAUAAGUUGCAAUCUACUUUUAAGCAAUGGGAACAAGCACCAUUAGAUAUUGGCGAGCGUGUACAUCUUACCAAAGAGCUCCUUUCCAGUUGUGAAAGCAUUGAGUGGCAGGUUGAUGAAUUGGACAAGGCAAUUGCAGUUGCUGUGAAGGAUCCAGCUCGUUACAGUCUUGAUGUGAUUGAACUUGAAAGACGUAGAAAGUGGACCACCACUUCUCGUCAUCAGGUUUUUAACAUCAGGAGAACAGUGCAAGCUGAAAGCAAGGGCUCACUUGCUCCUAAUCUAAAUGGUGCUCACCAUGAAUUAAUGAGGCAUCCAAAUGAUUACAAUUCCAAGGCAGGGAGAUCAGAUUCUGACACCGAUGACUUCAUAUCUUCAGAAUCAGAUAGGCAGCUACUUUUAAUGAAGCAACAGGAUGAGGAGCUUGAUGAACUCAGUGCUAGUGUUCAGAGGAUAGGUGGCAUCGGCCUUACUAUACAUGAUGAACUAGUUGGACAGGAAAGGAUUUUGGAUGAUUUGAGUUUGGAGAUGGAGACCACAUCGAACAGGCUCGACUUUGUUCAGAAAAAAGUUGCUGUGGUGAUGAAGAAGGCUGGUGCGAAGGGUCAAUUCAUGAUGAUAGGGUUUUUGAUUGUGCUCUUCAUCAUUCUUUUUGUGUUGGUGUUUUUCACAUAGUAGACAUACAGAUGCAGCCACCAUUACCAUUGGUUUCCCUUGUUCCACGGACGAGUUUGACAAAUCGAAAUGGCAGUCGCACUUAUCCUCCAGAAUUUGUUUCAAAACAAACUGCAAAAGGUUGUUUCUCUCGGUUGUCGUCGACGUUAGAUUUAUAUAGUCAUGUAUAUUUGCGUUCUCUAUUUUAUUUCAUACAUGAGUUUGAGACUAUUACUGCAAUCAUUCUGGCUUUAUCUCGUUAAUA